GCAAUUAUGUGUCUAGCCUAGUACGUAACGUGCCGUUCCUGCUGAUCGUCGCCGUUCGAGAAAAUAGAUUCUGUGAUAUUUUCUGUACUUGCAUCAGUUCGUAGUUCGCGACAGACAAAGGAUCACAAUUUCGUUGCGGAGGGCCAAGCCCGCCCUCCUAACAAAAAAAAGCUUGAAAAAAUGAGUAGGACAAGGGAACAAGCAGGCCCGUCUAAAUCGUCGGGAUCUGCAGGCUCUGCGGAGGAGAAAGAAAAGGAUGAUAGGAUGUUUGAGUGCAAUAUUUGUUUAGAUACUGCAAAAGAUGCGGUAGUCAGUAUGUGCGGUCAUCUCUUUUGUUGGCCAUGUCUGCAUCAGUGGUUGGAAACCAGACCUGCCAGGCAAGUCUGUCCAGUAUGCAAAGCUGCCAUAAGCAAAGACAAAGUCAUUCCAUUAUACGGACGUGGUGCCACAAAGCAUGAGGAUCCAAGGAACAACGUACCACCACGCCCAGCCGGUCAAAGAUCAGAGCCGGAGACCAAUGUCGGCUUCUCCGGUUUCGGUUUCGGCGAUGGUUCUUACAUGUCUUUCGGAAUCGGCACUUUUCCGUUUGCUUUUUUUACAUCAACUUUUAACUUCGGAGAAGCACGACCAAGCGCAGCUCCCAGGGGCACGCCGCAAUAUGAGGAAGAACAGUUUUUGUCUAAAGUAUUUUUAUGGUUAGCGGUUAUAUUCAUCUGUUGGCUGUUGAUGGCAUAACAUUGCUUCUAAAUUUGAAAAUAUCCAUUUGCUCGAUAACUUGUAAUAUUUUGUCUGAUUUGUGAUUUAAUUUUCCAUGAAUCAUAAUCUUAUAUUAGUUUCUGCAAACAUUUUUUGAAAAAAAAAAAAAAAAAAUGUAUAUCUCAAAAAAUUCCAAUUAAAAUUUGUUUCUUUCCACUUUCUAGAAAAAUUGAAAAAAUAUGACGUGCAACUUGUUAAUGCAAACUUUUCAUAUUAUUUCAUCAGCAUUUGCCUGUUUCAAAGUAUGAGAUGAUUUUUUUCGAAUUUGAACAGCUGUUAUUUUAUAGUCUCUUUAUUCUAUUCGUGUAUGUAUGUAUUAUAUAUAAAUAUAUUAUUUCUAUAUAAGAAAGAGAGAGAGGUAUAUGUAAAUCGAUAUUCAUCAUAUUUAAUGCGUAACAAUGUAUAACUUUAAGUGAGGAUAUAGAGAGGAAAUAUUAAUGUACAUCGUAAUGAUAUAUGAUGCAGUUUUGUAUGAUACUGCAAGGGUUUGAACAGUGUGUAUAUAUAAUCUAGAGUAAGAUACGCGUUUAAACGAUGGUAUAUAUUGUAAUAUAACAUAACAUAAAAAUUGGAUUCUCGCAAGA